GUUCCCUCCCCAAACGCAGAAUUUGAGACGGCAGAAACGCUUCUGAACUCGGAGGUGCACAUGCUGCUGGAGCACCGCAAGCAGCAGAACGAGAGCGCAGAGGACGAGCAGGAGCUCUCAGAGGUCUUCAUGAAAACCCUGAACUACACGGCGCGCUUCAGCCGCUUCAAGAACCGCGAAACCAUCGCCAGCGUCCGCAGUUUGCUCCUUCAGAAAAAGCUCCAUAAAUUUGAAUUGGCCUGUUUGGCUAACUUGUGUCCUGAGACAGCUGAGGAAGCAAAAGCCUUGAUUCCUAGCCUGGAGGGACGAUUUGAAGAUGAGGAAUUACAGCAGAUCCUUGAUGACAUUCAGACUAAACGCAGCUUCCAGUAUUAAGCUUAACCUUCAACCCCUUUAUCUGCUCAGAAAAACUUGGGACCUUUGACUGCUUCUCAGCCCUCUGGACCAAUCCAGCUCUAGGCUGAGCGGGAGGAUUGUGGGUGCAGGGUCCUGUGGUGCCGUGUCACCUGGGGGUGCAUUCAGGCUGGAGAUCAGUGUAGUCCUUUUGGUUUGUUCCAUGCAUAUGUUGAUAAGGACUCCUGUGUUGUGAGAGCCAAAGAACCUGAAAAGCCUUUUCCUAGAGGCUGAAGUGUUUGUUUCUUCCAGAUCCCUCUCCCCAAUCUGGAAAUUUUCCAUGGUUCUGUUUUUUAGCACAAAUGUAGAUGU